UGCUAUUGCCCAGGAAUACCUUAUGGAGUGUAUCAUUCAGGUGUUCCCCGAUGAGUUUCAUCUCCAGACACUAGACCCCUUCCUCAAGUCUUGUGCCCAACUGGAAACUGGAGUGAAUGUCAAAAACAUUAUUAUAUCACUGAUUGAACGACUAGCGGCCUAUAAUCAGCGGAGCGGCAAGACCAGCGGUAAUGCAAUUGAUGCCAUCAUACCCGCUGAGGUUGAGCUGUUCGAGGUCUUUAGCGUCCAGGUGGCCAAUAUUGUGCAGGCACGCACGGAUAUGCCCUUGGAAGACACUAUUUCAUUGCAGGUUGCUUUGCUAAGCUUGGCUCAGAAAGUGUAUCCUGAUCGUGUGGAUUAUGUGGACAAAGUGCUGGGCACUACCGCACAAAUCCUGCAGCGCAUGAACAUGAACAACAUUUCACAUCUGUUGUCCGUGAAUCAGGAGUUGUCCAGGCUGCUCCGGAUCUGCAUCGACUUUUACAACAACGCACUAACUAUUAUCCAACUGAACAACUUCUGCCCCCUUCUGGAAAAGUUCGACUACACCUCCCGAAAAUCUCUGGCCUUGUAUUUGGUGAUGAACAUCUUAGACAACGAGACUCUUGUAACCACGGCCGACCAGGCGGACAGCUUACUGACCAUUAUCACACCUCUUAUCAAGGACGAUGAUACGAACAAGGACAACCCAGCGGCCGCAGGGGUCAACAGUGCAGACGCAGAGGAGUUUGCCGAGGAACAGGGCGUUGUGGCAAGGUUCAUCCAUCUUAUGCGUUCUGAUGAGCCCGAUAUGCAGUACAAAAUGCUGCAGACUGCCCGCAAACAUCUUGGCAACGGUGGCGGCCCACGUCUGAAGCAUGUCUUACCGCCCCUGGUCUUUGCUGCCUACCAGCUGGCGUUCAAGUACAAGGCCAUUUCUGAGCAGGACGAAAACUGGGACAAAAAGUGCCAAAAGAUUGUGCAGUAUUGCCACAGUACCAUCAGUGCUUUGGCCAAGGCUGAUCUGGCCGAUCUGGCGUUGCGCUUGUAUCUGCAGGGAGCUCUGGUCAUCGGCGAGAUUGGCUACACGAACCACGAGACAGUGGCCUAUGAGUUUAUGACGCAGGCGUUUUCGUUGUACGAGGACGAGAUCUCCGACUCGAAGGCCCAACUGGCAGCCAUAACGCUGAUUAUGUCCACCUUCGAGCAGAUGUCAUGCUUCGGAGAGGAGAAUGCCGAGCCCCUGCGGACGAACUGCGCGCUGGCCGCCUCCAAGUUGCUGAAAAAACCGGACCAGUGUCGUGGUGUGGUGGCCUGUGCAGCUCUCUUCUGGAGUGGCAAGCAAAACGGUGAGGAGAUGCGUGAUGAGAAGAGAACCCUGGACUGCCUGAAGAAGGGUGCUCGCAUUGCCUCGCAGUGCUUGGACACUGGAGUGCAGGUCCAGUUGUAUGUGGAGUUGCUGAACCAUUAUUUGUUUUACUUUGAGCGCGGAAACUCGCUUAUCACGGUGGCCAUGCUUAACCAGCUUAUUGCCAAGGUUAACGAAGAGCUGCCCAACCUGGAGCCAAGCGAGGAGACCAAGCAGAUCGAGAGCCACUAUAAAAACACACUGGCACACAUACGCAGUCGCAUGGAUUCCAACGAUUCAACGUUGGAGGUCUCCUUUGCGGGCAUCACCCUCAACUAGACCCGCCCACCCACCUUGGACACAUCCAGCACUAAACGGAAAGCUGAACGCCAGGAGGGCGUACUGUUAGUUAUCCAAAUGGCCGCAGGUCGUUAUGGCAUCAAAAUUGCAUGUGUGAAAAAUGAAAUUCCAUGGUUAGGAAAGUUGUGGGCCUUCGACCAAACAGCAGAGUGCUUACUGACUUUUGUUUUGUCAAUUUAAUUUCGAUCGCGUAUUUGUAAGUGCAAAGUAAGAAAACAUUCUUGAUUAUUUUUCCUGAUUUAAUUAGUACGAUAGCUAUGUAUGCGUAAAUAACCCCAAGCAGAAGAUUUGAACUUCACUAUCCCCAAAUAUAUCCCCCCCCCUAAUGUCCUACUCUCAGCAAGAAUAUUGUGAAGAUAUUGUUAAACAAAAAUGAUUAUACAAUAUUACAUACGAUUAUCGAUUAUUGCCCGACACGUUAUAAUUAUGUA